UGAACCAACAAGCCAUGUAAUGGCGCAAUCACAGGUAAUCGCCGGAGUAUAAAAGCCAUGGGACUCCCUUGGUGGGUCAAAAGGUAAGCUGGAUCAUGGCGAAUCAGGAGGAACUCGAACUGGACACGCACAGUGCUGUGUACUAUCACUGGCGUGUUUGGGAGCUCACUGGCCUGAUGCGUCCGCCGGGGAUUUCCCGCCUGGCCUACCGGAUGUACUCCAUAGUGCUUAAUUCGGUGGUCACCGUGCUGUUUCCCUUGAGCCUGAUUGCCAGGCUAUUGUUCACCACCAACAUGGCCGGAUUGUGCGAGAAUCUGACCAUUACCAUUACGGAUGUCGUGGCCAAUUUGAAGUUUGUGAAUGUCUAUUUGGUGCGGUCGCAGCUCCAGGAGAUUCGUUCGCUCCUGCGGCGGAUGGACAAAAGGACCAAGAGCGUGGGUGAUCCAGCGGAGCUCUCUGCCUUACGACGGGAGGUGGACAUCGCCCAGGGCAGCUUCCGCACCUUCGCCAGGAUCUUUGUUUUCGGCACCACCUUGAGUUGCGUCAGGGUGGUCAUUCGUCCGGACCGGGAGCUCCUCUAUCCGGCCUGGUUCGGCGUGGACUGGAAGAACUCGACCAGGAACUAUGUGCUCAUCAAUAUCUACCAGCUCUUCGGCUUGACCGUGCAGGCUAUCCAGAACUGCGCCAGUGACUCCUAUCCGCCGGCCUUUCUCUGCCUGCUCACGGGUCACAUGCGUGCCUUGGAGCUGAGGGUGCGUCGGAUUGGCUAUGGAGCUGAUGGGAAGGAGGAGGUGUACGAGGAGCUGGUCGAGUGCAUCCGGGAUCUGAUGCGCGUCCAUCGGCUGAGGGAGAUUAUCCAGCAAAUCCUCUCGGUGGCCUGCAUGGCCCAGUUCGCCUGCUCCGCCGCCGUCCAGUGCACAGUGGCCAUGCACUUCCUGUACAUGGCCGAUGACAAGGACCUCACGGCCAUGAUCAUCUCGAUCGUCUUCUUCACGGCAGUCACCCUGGAGGUGUUCGUCAUCUGCUUCUUCGGGGACAGGAUGCGAACGCAGAGCGAGGCCCUGUGCGAUGCCUUCUACGCCUGCAACUGGGUGGAGCAGCUGCCCAAAUUCAAGCGGGCCCUGCUCUUCACGCUGGCCAGGACCCAGAGGCCUUCGCUCAUCUUCGCCGGCAACUACAUAGCGCUCUCGCUGGAGACCUUCGAGCAGGUCAUCAGGUUCACCUACUCCGCUUUCACACUUUUGCUGAGGGCCAAGUAAGUUGAAGUGAAUCCAUGGGUUCCAAGCUAUCACAUGGCGAUGUAAUA